AUGGGGACACUGAACUGCACGUCCGCACCCGAGUCCACCCCCAGUGAUUCGGGUGUCGCAGGGCAAGGAAUUCUCCUUUCUUUCAUGAUCACGGCCGGCCUGGCCAUCAUCCUAUCUGCCAGCGUGAUUCUUGCAGACUUCCGAGGCAGAGAGUCAACAACCCGGCGAAAAUUACUGAAUGGAUACAGCGACUCACAGAUCAUGCAAGGGAUCGGCAUCCAAAGCGUUGGUUUGGCCAAGAUGAACUCCCUUGUUCCGUAUCACUUCUUCCUAAUCUGGAUGCUUUCCCUCCUAUCCAUGGCAACGCACAAUGCUACGCUUUUGGCGCUAGUCCGAGACUAUCGUCGCGACUGGGUGUUGAGAUGGAUGAGACAGUUGCUCAUGUUCGUCAACCUGGCACUGUCGACUGUCUCCGGGGUCUUUGUCCUCCAGACCGUGGCCAAGGGACUGGACAAUCGGAAGCAGAAGUUUUACAGGAUUAUACAGAUUGUAGGAUGGAUCCUCAUGGCGGCCGUUGCCAUUGGAGCGGCGAUCCGCAUCAUUCUGCUUUCUCAGGCGUUUGGGCAUCCCUCAGUAAAGCUGAGUGACGAGGGGGAGAAGGACUGGAGCUUCGGCCAGCUUCUAUCGAUGCUUCUUCUCGCCCUGCCCGUCGUCUCCGUGAUUGAAAUCUAUCGCGGAGAAAUUAAAGUAGCGCCCCCUGUUGGAGACGAGCGGCAGCGGUUAUAUGACGGCGAGCUGCAAUCGGAUCCGCAUGUUCUCACGCCGUUCCAGCCGAAUCCCUUUUUUGGUUCCGAGACAGACCUGUUCGGUAAAAGGGGGAACAGGAAGUAA